CCGCUGGCUUCCUGUGCUGUGAUGUUGGCUGUCCGUACCUGUGUGGUGUUUGUUAUGUGAUCAGUAGCAUAGCCUUAGCACCUUGCAUUACCGCAGUGGUAACUACGUUAGUAAAACAUUUGAUAUACACCUAAAUAUAUAUAUAUACAGUUGUUAUGUGAUAUUUUAUUGAUCUCAGGGCGUGUAAGAGUGGUGUGUGAGGUGAGUGGUGCUAAUCGGAUUGUUUCUAAUGCGCCCAGAAGCCCGGCGUUGGUGAAGAACAUCCAGACCAGCCUGGGAUACGGCCGGCGGCUCGCGCUCCUGCCGCCUUCCAGGCUUCGAUGGCAGAACACAACAUACCUCUAUACACUACGGCCUCCAUGGGAAGCCCCACCCUCAACUCGCUGGCCAACGCCAUCCGGCAGGAGAUGAACGGGGCCAUGGACCAUGGAAACAGCAACGGCAGUGACAGCAGCCCCGGGCGUUCGCCCUUGCCAGCUAUGCACCACAUCAAGGAGGAGCCCCUCGACCCCGAGGACGAGGGCCCCCUCUCCCUGGUGACCACGGCCAGCCCCGACUUCGACCACCACAGAGAUUACGAUGACGAGCAGGGGCACGUGGACAUGAUGUGAGGCCUCCCGCUCUCCCUCCCCCUCCCCCUCGCUCUCUCUCUCUCUCUCUCUCUCUCUCUCUCUCUCUCUCUCUCUCUCUCUCUCUCUCCCUCGUGCUCACUGUUACCAACGCCCCAGGCCCCUCCCCCCCGGUCCACCUGAAGGCCCGCCCCUCCCGGCCCCCGCGGAAAAGGUUUCCGUGGACGGAAGGACCGACGGCUCGCAGCUCCAAGCCCCUCCCCCCAACCCACCACCCACCAACACGUCCCUGAAGGAACGUUUAGGGUGCCAUGACGAUACAGAGAGGAGAACACUGAACAGUGAUACCGUCCCGCGCGGGGAUGGCCGGUCUCUCUUCUGUCUUUCUUUUGUUUCUUUUAUUUCUUUCCUACAUUUCAUUUGUAGCGAAACUGCCGGAAAACGGUUUGGGAAAAAUAAACAGAAUUUCUACUUCUAUCGGGGCGUUGGGGACGGACCGAGGGGGAUGUGGGGGGGGGGGGUCUUGUUUUUUUUUUUCGGCGGGAAUUUACGGCGGGAACCCCUCAAAGUUCCCCUCACAGCCAAGACGGACUGCGAUCCAAGCACCCCUCCCACCCCCUCCCCACCACCCCACCUCCACUGCCAUAGGACGUACGUCUGUCCUCUCCUCUCUCUCACACAUGCACACAAACGGACUCAACUCUCUCUCACAGACAUUCAUGUGACCAUAUGCUCUAUACGGACAGAGCAGAGAGAGAGAGCGAGAGAGAGAGAGAACGAGAGACAUUCGAUUUGCACGCAUUGGACGUGAGAGAAGGAGGUCAUGUCGGUGGACAUCUCGAACCAUCGACGCUGCCUUUCAACACUUUCCUUGGUUGGCGUCCUCCUUUGACCGGGAUGAACUAUCGUGGUUUCUGUUUUUAAAUGGAGGGGGGAGGGGUUGCUAGUGUAUAUCAAAAUAUCUAUUGUGUGUUUGUCCUCCAUUUGCUGUUGCAUCUACAUGUCGCUCUGGCGUUUUUUGUUUUGUCGUUGUAAUUAUUUCAUAAUUUUUUGUUUUGACCUGAUCAGACCUCAUACGUUCGGCUGGGGAGAUUCUUGUGCGCUCGGCCCCUCGAUGAUGAAUGUUUUAGUGGUUUUUAAUUCUGUGUUUUGCCCCCUCUCAGCCCCCUCUCCCCUCCUGUAGACAAUUUGCGGUCGCCAAGCAGAAUGUCAAGUUACGAAAUCAUAUUUUUCUGUCAUUUAUUCGACAAUAUUCCGAACGCCACCAACCUGAACCACAGGCCACACCUACACGUACACACACACACACAAACACACACACACACUCUGUUCCAUGAAGUCCGUGGGCAAUGCACUACUCUUAAUGAAGGUUCUCUCGCCACGCAUCAAUGAAGUCUAAUUUAACCUACGAAUGAAUGACAGAGAAAUCGUGCCGGUUAUGAUUUGUCUCCUGGAAUUAUACUGUAGGGGGUAGGGGGGGAGACGGGUCCUUCCAGUGGAGCAUGUCUAGGGCGAAAACCAACUAAAUCCCAGAUAACAACACAAGACGUUUCUAUAUCUCUCUCUCUCUCUGUGUUUUGUUGUAUUUUUUGCUUCCACCACCACGCCAUUCAGGUGUCUUUAGCCAAUCACGCAUCAUCUUUCGUUUCUUUCUUCCAUGGCGGAGCAAUUACGUUCAUCGCGGUUUGCCGACUUUUAACUGGGGACCCAACCCCCUUUCUUCAUAUAAUUCGUCGCCCUGCGCAACAUGGCAGUUCGCCGUUUUAGCGGUCAGGCCGUGAUAAACAAGGCACCAAUCGGAGGCUUCAUUUCAUGAAGCGGCUGCCCCGAGACUCGCAAUAACCAAUGACUGAACAUUCCAACGUUCGACAGGCACGGUCGAGGGCCAAUAGAGAGAGAGUAUACAGUACACACACCGUCGAUGGAGAUGGGUUCAGCACACUCAAGGGUCAAUACCCCUGUCCAAGUUGGUCCAGACUGCAACUAUUAAUGUGUUGUAAAGCAAAAAUAGACAAAUUUUAAGAUUGAGUGACAAAAGGAAACUGAGUGAAUCGUCAUUACUGUUAAAUCAACCACUUUUUUGUUUUUUAUUUAUAACUUUCUUUUUUAAUGUUUUAACUGGCAUUUAUUGUUGUUGAUGCAUCUGAUACUGUGUUCUGUGAGUACCAAAGAUAAUCUACUAAGUCAAAGAAUUGUUUUUCUCUCCACGCAAUAGGCGACAUAGUGAAAUGGCCAAAUAUUUCUCCUGCGCUCUCUCCCAUCGGAUUAGGAAGGAUUACGUAUGACAUCAAAAAUAAUACCAGAUUGAAAUAGACUGGGAGGACUGGGAUAGAAGCUUUGUCUACUUGAUCAAAUCAAAUACAAAAUAAAAACCAAAAUCGGUUGGCUUUAAGCGGACAUCUGUACCGUACCCUACUAUUUUUAGUUUCUUGCUUUUUCAGUGACCAAAACAGAAUGGGAGACGCAGAGAGGGGCCUCCACCGUGUUUAUGACCAAAUUAGGGGAACGGUUUGUCUGCUCAGCCAAUCAGUAGGAGGUACUGUACCCUUACUGCUGUACAGUUGAGAGAAUACAAGUAUAGAGUUGCUGUAAGUUACGCCACGGAUAGAAAUGAACAGAACAUUGCAGUGGGGUUCAAGAGAAAAGCUUUCGCAGAGACAAAUAGGGGAACAUGAAUCUGUACUUUGACUGGACCACAAAAUGAUUCACUGCUAUCGUUUGUCAUGUUUCUUUAAGAGCGGGGGGGGGAGACUGGGGGUUCUUCAUGACCUCUCGCUGCCUCUUCUUGCGUGUCAGAUCUCAGACGAUUGUAUGCCAUGUUUUGAAGUUUGUUUUUACUCGUCACUUGAAACGUGACUCUUGGCUCCCCUCUGGCUACGGUGGCGAAAAAGAGUGUUGUUGUUUUUUGCUCAUCUUUUGUUGUUGUUUUUGUUCAUCGAUUGUUGUUUGUAGUUCCUGUCCACGUAAAAAACAACAUUUUUUCAUAUUAAAACAGAAACACUCCUGUCCACCAACUAAAGCUGGGUGCGAGGUACUUCAUGACAAUUGGUGUUUUGUUCAUUGAACCAACCUGUUCACCGUGCAUUAUUUCAACCAGCUUGUAAGAAGAUGUGAGGAGUGAUUUACGAGUUACAUGUAAUGUCCCACCACACACAAACACACACACACACACACACACACACACACACACACACCACAUUCAAAGGGUCCAUUUCUAGGUCAAGUUAUUCUUGUCCUCAGAAUGUGUGGCUCGACCCCAGACUAAAGAUAACGGCAUUAGAAGACGUAAUACCUCAUUCCAGACCUAUAGGGAGGGAUUUGGUUUGAACGAGAGAGGGAAAACAUUUCAUUCAGUUGCUCUUCCGUGUCUUGCAUGUGUGUGUGUCUGAAACUGUAGAGAGGAAAUAUAUUUAAAACACGUAGAGAGACUCAAAUGAGUUGCUCAUCUGGUGGGAUUCAUGUUAUGUUUUUUUUCCUCUUGUUUUUCUUGCAAACCAAUCUAAACCUCAGGCCAUCAGUUCGCUAACGUUGGGUCUUCUUUGAGAUGUUUUCCACCAACAGGUUGUUCGUACAUUGUCUGUAUCGCCCUCAGUCUCCUUCUCCCCCCUGAAUCCUUCUGUUGAUCGCGUUUUUCUUUUUCUUUACAAAGUUCCACAAAUGCAUCUGAUUCCGGUGUUGGCUUUCGUCGCCCGUAACCGCUCGGUUCUUUGGCUUCGACUUUGAAAUAGCUACCAAAUGAGAAAGAAAAAAAAAAACGCUGUAUGUAUUGGAAACGCAAAAUGUGCUGCAAAUAAUGUAUUUGACUUAGUAAGCCAAGGCGUUGGAUGACAACGGGAAAAAAAUGAGGGAAAAUACGGUAUCCGCAGCGAGUGAGGGGGUAGGGGGUUUGGGGGUCGAACACAAUUUUAUGUAUUUUAAACUGUAAUAUAGAUGAACCAGACUUUUCUGGGUUAUUGUUAAAUGACCUAAGCAUUUUGUACAGAAGAUUUUUUGGUUUUCUCUUUUUCCUCCUCUCUGUGCUGAAGCUGUUUUUUUUUUUUAUACUUGGUUUCGAUGGUCCAACCACUGGCCACUGUGGCCGUCUGUAGACCGCUCUGAGGACCUGGGCGGCGAGGGGGCUGCAUGAGGUAUUCCAGGGGUGGGGGGAUGGGUGGGGGUCGGGGGGGUCGUUAGGGAAUGGGCUCUGGUUAGAGUGGUCUGUAAUAAUAUAAGUGUGUAUCAAACUAAUGAUAUUUUCUAUGAAACUAUCAGGGGGAUAAAGAAAAAGAAGAAAAAAAUAUGCAGUGCCAAGAUGUAAAGAAUAAAGAUUUUUUUUUCGUUUUGUUGAGAAUUGAGUUCACUCUCGCACAUGGAAAAUGUGUCCUUAUCGUCAACGACAUCCACGUCAUCGCCAUCUUAAUUGUUUAAACUGUUUAGGCGGUUUAAAGAAUAAUUUAGCCCAUGUUCUUCAAUUCUUCUUUUUUUUAACUCGGACCACCUGUCACUGGUGGUCUCGCUGACCCGAGCAUUCGAAACAUGCAAUAAAAUUGCCAGUUGGUCAGAUUGUU